AUGAACAAUAUCCCAUUAAGGGGUCACAGAGAUGAUGUAUCUAUCUUCACAGAAGACAGUGACGAUAAAUCAGUAACAAAAGGUAAUUUUAAAGUAUUGUUAAGAUUUCAGAUUGAUGCUGGUGACAAAAUCCUUGAGAGCCAUUUGCAGACUGCUGGAAAAAAUGCUACUUUUAUUAGCAAAACUACGCAGAAUGAUUUAAUCACAUGCUGUGGUGAAAUUUUGCAAACUAAAAUUGUUGACAAAAUGAAAAUGUCAAAAUUUUACAGUAUAUUAGCUGAUGAAACAACAGAUAUUAGCAUUUCAGAACAGCUUUCAUUCUGUGUUCGGUACCUUGACACAGGUAACUGCUGUGUAGAAGAAAGAUUUCUUGGUUUUACCAAAGUAGUAAAUAUGACUGGUGAAGCUUUGAGUGACACUAUCAUUGAGUUUUUGAAAAGUGCAAAUCUGGAUAUUGCAUACCUCCGUGGACAAGGCUACGAUGGUGGUGCAAACAUGAGUGGAUUGCUUAAAGGAGUACAAGCACGAAUUUUGAGAAUGCAGCCUCUUGCUAUUUACACUCAUUGUGCUAAUCACAGGUUAAAUUUAGCUUUAAAUAAGGCAAGUACUGUUACAAGUAUUCGCAAUACGGUUGGCCUAAUAGGAAACAUUAACAAUUUUUUACGAGAAUCUGCAUCUAGAACGCAUCUGCUGAGUGACAAAAUUAGUGAAAUGUUGCCUUCUCAGAAAGCUGUAAAGGCCAAGAAGCUUUGUGAAACUCGCUGGGUUGAGAGGCAUGAUGGUAUUUUACAUUUUUUAGAAAUACUACCUGCAGUUGUUGGUGUACUAGAAGAUAUUGGUAACAGUACAAGUACAAACGCAGCAAGCAAUGCCCAGUCACUGUUGGCAGUAAUUUGCAAAUUUGAGUUUUUGGUAAGCUUAAAAAUUUUGAGUAAAAUUUUUGCCAUAACACUACCACUUUCUGUCCAACUGCAAACUGUGAACGUAGACUUUGGAAAGUCUGUUGAAAUGGUUGAAUUUGUGAAAUCUGCAUUAUGUAGAAUCAGACAACAUUCAGAGGAUGAAUUUAAAAUUCUAUUUGGGCAGACAAAGGUUGUUGCAGACAAUCUAGACGUGGAAGUAAAACUUCCAAAAGUCAGAAAUGUGCACCAACACCGAGCUAAUUUGACAGAAAUGGAAGACUAUUUUCGUGUUAACACAUUCUUACCUUAUCUGGACUAUCUGAUUUCAGAGUUGGAAUCCAGAUUUUCACAAGAUAAUACCUCACAUAUGGCAAAACUCCAAAAAAUAAUUCCAAAAUAUUAUUUUGAGUCAGACACAUCAGAUGCAGACAUACUGGAGGCAGCCAAAAAAUAUGAGUCAGAUUUACCAUCCACUGUACAGGUACUUGAAGGAGAACUGAAAUUAUGGAGGGAGUUUUGGGCAAUGAAGUCUGAAAAAGUUGAUACAGCAAUGGAAGCUUAUAAAUUAGCAUCUAUAUUUCCUAACAUCAGGACCCUAUUGAUAAUUCUGUGUGUGAUACCUGUUACCACUGCAACAGCUGAACGAUCUUUUAGCUCAUUGAAAAGAAUUAAAACAUACUUAAGAUCAACAAUGGGUCAGGAAAGACUCAAUGGUUUGGCCAUGCUAAAUAUACAUAACGAUAUUGAAUUAGCCCCAGAAGAGGUUCUAGAUGUAUUUGCUGUAAAACAUUCACGAAAACUUCAAUUGCAGUUCAUUUAA